AUACGUAUAUACGACCAAAAUACCACUGAAUACACCCAAUGAGGUUGAAGAUUUGGUUUGGUGAACUGCUUUGCUGUGAUUUCAAACCAAAACUGUUGUUUUUUGCGACUGCAGGGACAAAUUGAUCCGAAUUCAUCGACUUCGAUUGGUUUUGAUCGGAGUUUUGGAGAAUGGGAGGAUGUUUUUCGGACGUAAAGGGUGGACAAGCAGCAGUAGGAGGAGUUCAUAGCCUAAGGUUACAAAGGGGUAUCAGUAGCAACGUUGCUACUGCUUCCUCCUCUGGUACGGUUCAAAAUGAUGCCGUCGAUUUCUUCUUUCGAUCAAAAGGCCUUCAACCGCUCUACACUCGAAUUGAGUUAAAUUUAUCAGCUUCAAAAUUACGCGAUUAUGACAUCAUGUCUAAGAGUGACCCUAUGGCAGUAGUAUAUGCCCAGAAGAAAGAUGGAACUCUGGAGCAACUUGGUCGCACGGAGGUGAUCAUGAACAACUUGAAUCCCACGUGGAUUCAGAAAAUAGAUGUUGUAUUUCACUUCGAGAUUGUUCAGCCACUGGUCUUUCAGGUGUAUGAUGUGGAUACAAAGUAUCAUAAUUUGCCAACGAAGAUGCUGGAACUGAAAGACCAAGAUUUUCUUGGUGAAGCCAGCUGUGUUUUGUCAGAGAUUGUGACUCUCCGAAGCCGAACUAUAACCCUAGAACUUCGUAAUAGAAAUGGGCACAGUGUUGGAAAUUUGGGUUCAAUAACUGUUCAUGCAGAAGAAACCAUAGCUUCCAAAACUGCUAUUGAGAUGAGACUCCGAUGUUCAAACUUGGAUAACAAGGACCGGUUCUCUAAAAGUGAUCCUUUCUUACGAAUCUCUAGGAUUGUUGAGACUGGUGGUUCAGUUCCAGUUUGCAAGACAGAAGUCGUGCACAACAAUUUGGACCCAGUAUGGAAGCCUUUAUGUUUAAGUACACAACAAUAUGGGAGCAAGGAGAACCCUCUAGUUGUAGAGUGUUUUGACUUCAAUAGCAGUGGCAAUCACAUCCUAAUUGGUAAACAGCAGACAUCGAUUGGAGUCUUGGAAAAACUUUACCAAGAAAAAACAGGUGCAAAUUUUGUCAUUCCAUCUUCUCGUCACCGAGAUCAUGAGAAGAUUCUGAAGGGUAAACUUUUUGUGGAUGGAUUUGAUGAGAAGGAACUCUAUAGCUUUCUUGAUUACGUCUCUAGUGGGUUUGAGCUGAACUUCAUGGUUGCUGUUGAUUUUACUGCUUCAAACGGAGAUCCUCAAAAGCCAGAUUCAUUACAUUAUAUUGAUCCUUCUGGCUGUUUCAAUGCAUACCAGCAGGCAAUCAUGGAAGUUGGGGAAGUCAUACAAUUUUAUGAUUCUGACAAACGCUUUCCUGCUUGGGGAUUUGGUGGGAGAAUGUAUAAUGGCCCUGUAUCUCAUUGUUUCAACCUGAAUGGAGACGCUGGCAGCUUUGAGGUUGAAGGCGUACAAGGCAUAAUGGCUGCUUAUCAAAGUGCCUUGCAUACCGUCUCUCUUCAUGGACCUACUUUAUUUGGUCAAAUAGUCAAUCAGGCUGCAGAAAUAGCCGCUCAGUCCCUCUCACAAAAUUCCAACAAGUACUUUGUGUUGCUUAUUAUAACGGACGGAGUUCUUUCUGAUCUCCAAGAAACUAAAGACGCAUUGGUCAGGGCCUCUGAUCUACCCCUCUCAAUUCUAAUUGUUGGAGUGGGUAAUGCUGAUUUUAAAACAAUGGAGAUUUUGGAUGGUGAUAACGGACAACGGUUGGAGAGCUCAACAGGAAGAGUCGCUACUCGAGAUAAUGUUCAGUUUGUUCCCAUGCGUGAUGUACAUCGUGGAGAGAUAUCGAUGGUGCAGGGACUAUUGGAAGAGUUACCAGGGCAAUUCUUGACGUACGUGAGGAGUAGAGAUAUGAAGCCACUGCCAAACUUUGUAUAAUUUACCUCUCUUUUCUUCUUAUUUUUAAAACUCAAUUUUAUAU